UCCGGACACGCUCAGACGGCCCAAGCGCAAACAAUAGGCCCAGUCAAAGCCUCGCCGCUGACUUUCCCAACGAUAACGCACAACUGCGCCCUUGAACACCCACCAGUUUUUGGCGCACACCCCCCCAACCCACGGGUGCCACUCUGUUUAGUAUUCCGCGCUUUACCUUGUUCCCUUAUCUCUACUCGAUACUAUCGAGUAACAGAUACUCCUGCGGUCUCCCUACCACGCCUUCCAUGAUGCCACGGUCCAAUGAAUAUACUUGACCAGGCCGGCCGAGUUCUUUUCCUUCGGACUCGACCGCCUCGAUCUCUCCACUGCUUCUUUUGGCUCCCAAAUGCCCCUUCGAAAUGGUCACUACUGUAGGAGGAGUUGCCGAAAUGAGUCGACGCUGUGGUUGACGAACCCGGCCUCGGCCGUUCAAGAUGGCACCCCUGGUAUAUCAAAGAGUAUUCAGGACUUUCCUUUGUUUCGUUUCCCCCGCAAGGGUCACCCCCAAUCCAUCUCCAGAUUGUUAUCUUUCACUUAUCGUUCAGAUAUCACGAGGUUACUCGACAACGAGAUUGCUUAUCAGCCAUAGAUAAGGACAACAGAGGUCCUCGUUCACAUGCUCAGAACCCUGGGAACCUCUCCCUAACUGCUCUCGCUCCUAUUUCACUUAUCUACUCUUUAUAUUUGACCAGCGCGGACCAGACCGUAACCGGCAAUCCCAUACCUCAUCAUGUCCAGUUUACCAUCCGAGACGUCUCAUUCAUACCCGACUCCUCCUCGCUCUCCUCCGAACGGCUACUUCGAUGGCUCAAAUGACUCACCGAUCACUGUGAUUGCGUCUUCUCGCGCGAUACGCUCCGGACGUCUUUCCGCAGCCACAAUUGUCAUAUCCAAUGCCACAGGCAAGAUCACAGCCACUUUCGACAGUGUGCUCCCGCAAUCCGACUUCCCACCCAACACUCCUUAUACAGACUACUCCCCACAUAUCCUUUUGCCGGGCCUGGUGGACGCACACGUGCAUCUGAACGAGCCAGGCCGGACAGAAUGGGAAGGUUUUCAUACAGGUACCCAGGCCGCUGCUUUCGGCGGUGUCACUACUGUUGUGGAUAUGCCGCUGAAUGCGAUUCCCCCUACGACCACAGUAUCAGGCCUACAAGAGAAGAUCAAAGCCGCCCAAGGCCAAUGCUGGGUUGACGUUGGCUUCUAUGGUGGCAUUAUCCCCGGCAACGAAGGUGAACUGAAGGCCCUCGUGCGUGAAGGUGUACGUGGGUUCAAGGGCUUCCUGAUCGACUCCGGCGUUGACGAGUUUCCCGCCGUGUCGUCGAGCGAUAUUGCAAAGGUCUUUGCCGAAUUAGCGGACGAACCCACCACCGUUAUGUUCCAUGCAGAAAUGAUCCCACCUAUUGCCGACAGUGUGGGCGACGACGUGCAGACGUCUUUGCCUCCACUCGCGCCGCACGGCCCCCUGAAUGCAUACAGUACAUUCCUGGAGUCGCGGCCGCCUAGUUUCGAGACGUAUGCCGUCGAAGAGAUUUUGUCUCUUGCUCACCUUGCACCGAAUCUGCCUCUCCAUAUUGUGCAUCUCAGCGCGAUGCAGGCGAUUCCGUUGCUUCGCAAGGCGAGAGCACAGGGUAUUAACAUCACGGCCGAGACCUGCCCCCAUUAUUUGUCUCUUGCGGCAGAGCAGGUUGCGCUCGGUGAUACAAGGCAUAAGUGCUGCCCGCCCAUUCGCACGCAAAGCAACCAAGACCGGCUGUGGGAGGAACUGGGCGAGCAUGAGGGCGAGGGUGUCAUCAAAACGGUGGUUAGCGACCACAGUCCGUGUACACCUGAUUUGAAGAUGCUUCCGACUCAUGUCCCGGGGCAUGUGCCACCGGUCAAGGGCGUGGCCGGAACACUGCCUGUCGAUCAAGACGGCAGUGGAGAUUUCUUUAGCGCAUGGGGCGGUAUCAGUAGUGUGGGGUUGGGUCUUCCGAUCUUGUGGACAGAGAUGUCUAGAAGAGGGUUGAUCGCAGACGAUAUGCUGAGAGACAAGGCGCUCAUGAACGUUGCGAAGUGGUGCUGUGUCAACACUGCUGCGCAAGUCGGGCUAGAGAAAGUCAAGGGCGAACUGGCAGUCGGCUUUGAUGCGGAUAUUUGUGUUUUCGACGACGAGGCCGAAUGGGUUGUGGAACCAAGCACGAUGUUGUUCAGGAACAAGUGCAGCCCGUAUCAGGGCCGAGUCAUGAAAGGUAUGGUGAAGGAGACAUUACUGAGGGGCCAGAAGAUCUUCGUCAGAGACGGAGCGAAUGCCGGAUUCGUGGGCAAAUCCUGUACAGGACAGCUAUUGCUCGAGCCCAGGACAAAGGAGUUGAAGAAGGUCAAGAGUUGGUUCAAGAGAUGGAUUUAUGAUUAUGAUCUUUGAGUCGAUAAUGCUUUUGUUUAGAUCAUGUAGAGCGGCAUGUGUACGGAGUCUCGGGAAUGCUUUGGACUUGAGAUUAUGAGGUAUCCUUCCGGGAUAUAUUACUCUUUAUGAAUUCCAUGUUGUCGUUUCAA